AUGAGCAAUUCUCUUGAAGAACGGUUGAAAUCGAAUUCUAGCGCCUUUGAAGGGCUACUUUCGUUGAUACCUGCGAAAUAUUACUACGAUGACAAGACACAGGAACAAUGGAAUGCCAAGAAGAAGAGCAAAGGGCAAUUGAAGGAGGAUAAGAAAUCGAAAUUGGAUCCUGAGCAGCAGGACGAUGAAUCCAGCUCUGCCCUCGAAGUUAUGAAGAAGAAACAAGCUCAGGCGAAAGCUGUGGUUUUACCAGGCCAAAAGAAGAUCCAACGUGAACUACUAGACGCAGAGUCUGAAACAUCGUCCGAAGAUGAUGAAGACGAAGAGGACGAAGAAGAGGACGAGGAGGAGCAAACCGAGGAACAAGAAUCUGACGAAGUACCGGAAAUAAACAUUUCUCAAACUUUGGGCGAAUCUGAGAGUAUAGCGGUGAUCUUUGAUGAUGAUGGAAACCCAGUAGAUCAGAACAAACAGAAGCAAGAGAAAGAGCGUAUACAGAAAAAACAGGAGGCCAUCGAACGUACCAAAGAUGACUCUUCUCAGAAGAAGAAGAAGAUGGAAGAAUUACGCUGUAAACUACAGGAGAAAAUCAAAGCUUUAAAGGAGAAAAGAAAAGCCCCAGGAACCAAGGUGGAAGGUGCGCCAAGUUCAAGAGAAGCUAUUCUUGCUCAAAGAAAACGUAGACAAGAGGCAAGGGCCACCAAGUUAGAUUCUGAAAAAGCUGGUGAUGUGUCUUCUGAUGAUAGCGCAGAUUCUGAUUCGGACUCGGAUGCAGAAGAUGCUCACGUUUCCAAGAAACAUCGUCGCAAUGGUGAUGAAGAGAUUUCAGCCAAAGAUGUUAUGUUCCAAAGUAUUCAAUUCAAUGACGGUACAAAGGCUACAUCUGAUUUAUCGCAUGUAAGAAAGGGUGAAAGAAAAAAGGGACCUGCCAAAAAGGACGUUAAAGCUCAUUUAAGACUGCUAGAGACAAAGAAACAAUCAUUAGAAUCAAGAGAUGAAUUGGAUCAAAUUAAACUGAAAGAGAAGGAAAAAUGGCAAAAAGCCAUGUUGCAAGCAGAAGGUAUCAGGCUUAAAGAUGAUGAGAAACUACUUCGCAAAGCUUUGAAGCGUAAAGAGGCUAAGAAGCGUAAGUCGACCGUCGAAUGGCGUGAACGUAAACAAGUGGUAGAAAACACUGUUGCCGAAAGACAGAAGAGAAGAGAGGAAAAUCUACAGAUUAGAAAGGACAAUAAAGGUAAGAAGAAGAGCAAACAACAGAAGAUGAAGAGAAAAUUCAAGGGAACUGCCCAUUUGAAGAAAAGAGCAGGAUUUGAAGGACGUAUGAAAAGUGUCAAGAAGAAAUGA